AUGAAAUUUAUAAUCUCAUAAUUUCAGUAUCUAACCUCUCCCUUUUGAUCUCCUAUAAUCAGUUAGAUACGGCAAGCAGCACCUGUUCCAUUUGAGUUCAGCAGCACAUACUGAAUGCUCUCAGGUACUCGCCUGACUUCGGGGUAACUGAGAAUCAUGAGGGGUCUAGGCAUGCACUUUGGCAUUAGAGAUGCUUGUGAUCUGUUCAGAAAGAUGAAGACAUUCUCACCAAGGGUACAGUAGCUCUGCUGGUUUGCAUUAUUUUCAUGUCUCUCCAGAUAACUUCCUCCCUUUUCCUUCUCGCAGUUUAUUCUGAAAUGUUAAUUUCUUUUUUAGAAAAAAGUCAUACUUUUGAGAUCAUGUAUUACCAAGACCAGCCUCCCAACUUUUAUAGCUAAAAAUUUAAAUUCCUUUCUCUAUAAAUUAAAUUCUUAUUCAAGAAUUCAGUGCUUGGAAGAAUGGAUGGAGGGGCUGAAUGGAUAGAAAGAAAGGAAAAAUGGAGUUUUUCUUUGAUUUUUUUGAAAAAUAGCACUUUUCUCUACCAUCUCUUUUAGAUGCUAGAAUAUUAAGGAAGUCCUUAACUGUAAUUUUGAUAAGUACCAGAAAUAGGUGAUUUGUGAAAUUCUGAAUCUUGAUGGGAAACACCCAUUAUAUGCUUUUUAAGAAGACCACUAGUGAAAGUUAGUGUAAAUAUCAAUAAAUAUCAAGUUCAAAUUAAGGCCUUACUCAUUGCCUAAAGAAUACCAAUAUACUUAUAAUAUGGAUUUAAUACAAACUAUACCAUGUUUCUUGCAGGAGAAGACACAGUAUUACCUUAAAUAGGUGUUAGUCCCAAACUAAUAUCAACUUAUGGCAGUUAUUGAAAAUUAAAGAAAAAACAGACAAACCAAAACCCUGAGGAUUAUUUUUGCAACUAGUCAAAACGCACAUGGAAUAAUAAGCCAAUGAGAAGAUCACAGAACAUCAUGGGGAGGGAAAUCAGGGAUGGGAGACAUCUAACUUUACCAAUUUUAAAACAGUAUUCAAAACUAGAAUGUUACUGGUGUAGAGGAUGAGAUACAACUGAUGAAUGAAAUAGCCCGGAAUGUUUAGAAGUAGUUGUUCUAGAUAUGAAUCCAUGCUGAUAAAGUGUUUUUAAAAAACCAGCUCAUGGGGAGGAGUUCAUUAUAAAUACAUACAGAAACAUGAAAUAGCAAUUUUGAAAAGCUUAAUUCUUGCUUUAUGACCCUAAAAGUUUCAAAUGUGUGAAAGGGUUAACUAUUUUUAACUCAUAAAAGUGUUAAUACAAAAUGAUUUUGUUUUGAGAUCAAUGAGGGAAAAAACCAUGAAUGAAGAGGUGAUUCCAAACAAGUAGCCUCCACAUAGAGCAAGUCCCCUACAUACGAAGAAGUUCUAUUCUGAGAGCACAUUCCUAAAUUGAGUUUGUCUGUUAAUCCAACAAAGUUACGUAGGUAUCCAACUAACACGGUCGGCUAUGUAGUACUGUACUGUAGUAGGUUUAUAGUACUUUUCACACAAGUAAUGCAUUUGAAAAAACAAGAAAGAAAACAUUUUUAGGGGCGGGACCCGCUCUGCACAAACACCGCGGGCCGGGCCGAGCUGGGAGCGUGCAGCCCGCUGCCCAACGCCCGCCGGCUCCCUCGCGCCCCUGCCCGCCGCCCCGGAGGAGCGCCCGGCGGCCGGCCGACGGGAGCGCAGGCGGCACACCCCGCCCCGGCACGCCCCGCGGGGCUCGGGAGGAGGCAGCGCGCUUACUGUUCCGGCAGCCGAGGACGCCGCCGGGGAGCCGAGGCGCCGGCCAGCCCCCAGCGCGCCCAGCUUCUGCGGAUCAGAAAUCAGAACGCUGCACCUUCGCUUCCUCCCAGCCCUGCCUCCUUCUGCAGAACGGAGCUCAAUAGAACUUGGUACUUUUGCCUUUUACUCUGGGAGGAGAGAAGCAGACGAUGAGGAGAAAAUAAUGAAUGUCAAAGGAAAAGUGAUUCUGUCAAUGCUGGUUGUCUCAACUGUCAUUGUUGUGUUUUGGGAAUAUAUCCACAGCCCAGAAGGCUCUUUGUUCUGGAUAAAUCCAUCAAGAAACCCAGAAGUUGGUGGCAGCAGCAUUCAGAAGGGCUGGUGGCUUCCGAGAUGGUUUAACAAUGGUUACCAUGAAGAAGAUGGAGACAUAGACGAAGAAAAGGAACAAAGAAAGGAAAACGAAAGCAAGCUUAAGCUAUCGGACUGGUUCAACCCAUUUAAACGCCCCAAGGUUGUGACCAUGACGAACUGGAAGGCACCUGUGGUGUGGGAAGGCACUUACAACAGAGCCGUCUUAGACGGUUAUUAUGCCAAGCAGAAAAUUACCGUCGGAAGAAACAUUGAGCAUUACUUGGAGGAGUUCUUAAGGUCUGCUAAUAAGCACUUCAUGGUUGGCCACCCAGUCAUCUUUUAUAUCAUGGUGGAUGAUGUCUCCAGGAUGCCUUUGAUAGAGUUGGGUCCUCUGCGCUCCUUCAAGGUGUUUAAGAUCAAGCCUGAGAAGAGGUGGCAGGACAUCAGCAUGAUGCGUAUGAAGACCAUCAGGGAGCACAUUGUGGUCCACAUCCAGCAUGAGGUUGACUUCCUUUCCUGCAUGGAUGUGGACCAGGUCUUCCAAGACAAGUUUGCGGUGGACACCCUGGGAGAGUCGGUGGCCCAGCUACAAGCCUGGUGGUACAAGGCAGAUCCCAAUGACUUCACCUACGAGAGGCGGAAGGAGUCUGCAGCAUACAUUCCCUUCGGUGAAAGGGAUUUUUAUUACCACGCAGCCAUUUUUGGGGGAACACCCACUCAGGUCCUUAACAUCACCCAGGAAUGCUUCAAAGGAAUCCUCAAGGACAAGAAAAAUGACAUAGAAGCCCAAUGGCAUGAUGAAAGCCAUCUAAACAAGUAUUUCCUUCUCAAGAAACCUACUAAAAUCUUAUCCCCAGAAUACUGCUGGGAUUAUCACAUAGGCCUACCUGCGGAUAUUAAGCUUGUCAAGAUGUCUUGGCAGACAAAAGAGUAUAAUGUGGUUAGAAAUAAUGUCUGCCUUUGUGCCAGUACAUUUCUGAAUUUGAGAAAGUAUUAUUCUGGCUACUUCCUCAGAAAAGUAACACUUAAUUUUAACUUAAAAAAAAAAUACUAACAAAAGACCAACACAGCAAAUACAUAUUAUUUCUCCUUGUAACUUUGAGCCUUGUAAUACAGGAGAAUGAACCUGUGGUAAUCAGA